AUGCAGAAGCAAGUGGAAGUCAGGAUGGACGAGAGCCAUUUGGAGCCCAUAGUUGAAACUGCUGAGAAUCCAUGCGGCGGUCUGUGUGAUAAAAUCAUGAAGAACAUGGUUCUCACUCUCACGAUCCUCGGUGUGUUUCUGGGUUCCAUCACUGGGAUGCUGCUGCGGCACAUAUCCCCCCUCCCUCCUGAUGUUAUCAUGAUCAUCGCCUUCCCGGGGGAGAUCCUAAUGAGGAUGCUGAAGAUGCUUAUUCUGCCCCUCGUUGUCUCCAGUCUGGUCACAGGUCUUGCCGGUUUGGAUGCCAAAUCCAGUGGCCGCCUGGGCACCAGAGCCAUGGUGUACUACAUGUCAACAACGGUGAUCGCAGCCGUCCUGGGAGUGAUCCUGGUGCUGCUCAUCCAUCCAGGGAACCCCAAGCUGAGGGCUAACCUCGGGCAGGGGAGGAAGAACGACGAGGUGUCCAGCGUGGACGCUUUCUUCGAUCUCAUCCGCAAUCUCUUCCCAGAGAACUUGGUGCAGGCCUGUUUUCAGCAGAUCCAGACAGUAACCACCAAAGUACCGGUGCCCACGAACAGGACCAAGGCGCCCCCACAAUUCACCAUCAAGAGGUCACUGCAGUUCAAGAGUGGGAUGAACGUCCUGGGUUUGAUUGGAUUCUUUGUCGCUUUCGGAGUUAUUAUGGGGAAAAUGGGAGAAAAAGCCAAAAUGAUGUUGGAGUUUUUCAACGUCCUGAAUGAGAUUGUUAUGAGGCUUGUUGGAGCAAUUAUGUGGUACUCCCCCAUCGGUAUCGCCUGCCUCAUCUGCGGAAAGAUCAUCUCCAUUGCUGAUUUGGAGGUGGUGGCGAGGCAGCUGGGGAUGUACAUGGUCACUGUGAUAGUGGGCCUCAUCAUCCACGGAGGCAUCUUCCUUCCGCUCAUAUAUUUUCUAAUAGUAAAAGAAAACCCUUUCAAGUUCUUCAUGGGAGUGUUCCAGGCUUGGGUGACAGCACUCGGAACAGCGUCCAGUGCCGGGACCUUGCCCGUCACGUUCCGCUGCUUAGAGGAGAACCUGGGCAUCGACAAGAGAGUAACGCGAUUUGUCCUCCCAGUGGGCGCCACCAUCAACAUGGACGGCACGGCGCUUUACGAGGCCGUGGCCGCCAUCUUCAUCGCUCAGAUGAACGGCAUCGAUCUCGACUGGGGCCAGAUCAUUACUGUCAGUAUGACAGCCACCCUGGCCAGUGUUGGAGCAGCCAGUAUCCCCAGCGCCGGACUCGUGACCAUGCUCCUGAUCCUCACGGCGGUGGGGCUGCCCACUCAGGACAUCAGCCUCCUGGUCGCUGUCGACUGGCUGCUGGAUCGUUUCCGCACCUCAGUCAACGUGGUCGGGGACUCCUACGGCGCCGGUAUCGUCUACCACCUUUCCAAAGAUGAACUGGACAUGUUUGACGCCCAGCAGAGCCGGAUGGACGAGUUCGAGAUGGCAAAGACACAGUCCUACUAUGAAAAUAACUCCAACCAGAAUGUAUACACUCAUCACAACUCAAUCUUGAUAGACGACUGCAAGGUCACCAUGGGCAAAAAUGGCAAGACUCCAGAUUUCUCUCUUGUUGAGGAGGAACCAUGGAAAUGCGAGUAAAGCAGCUUCAGAUGCUGCUGCGCCUUACCCUGAGUUCCACCAGCUUUUACUGUCUGCCGACGAAACUACACAAAAAAAACAAAAAAAAAUCACAAACAAAAAGAAGAAAAAAAAAAGGUGAAAGUUAGAAGAGUCAACUGUACUGCAAGCACAAACAGUCGGCCAGUUUUUUUUUUUUUUUACUGCAGCAAACUACAGAUGACUCACCAACUUGUAUUAGAUCUUGCAUUUGCACCAACUGGACACAAACUGCAACGAGCGGCUGCACGUCGUGCGCUUCGCUCAGAAGAAUCAAACAUUCAGUUGACAACACUACAGGGCCUUACGUGGUGCUGCUGCUGCUGCUGCUGCUGC